GGUUAGGUAUCUAUUAAUCAUUAUUUAUUAUUUAUUAUUUAUGCUACAUGUUAGAGACAAAUUUAUAACAUCUAGUUCUAAGUUGAUGGAAACUAUUGGAUAAUUAAUGAAGUUGUACUUUCUUGUAAUACUUACACAUAUCUGCUUUUUAACCUUUUAGUCUUUGCCAUGCCUGAGAUUGCCGAAGUCGCUCGCGUCGUCCAUUUCCUCCGCAUACAUUUAACUGGCAAGACCAUCAGCAAGGUGAUAGCUCCAGACGAUAGCAAUGUAUUUGGGAAAGUUGGGACGAGCGGCCCGGCGUUUGAGACGGCUCUCACGGGGAAGAAGGUCGUAGAAGUCGGGAGUCAGGGGAAGUAUUUUUGGAUGGUACUGUCUAAACCGCCACACCCGGUUAUGCAUCUAGGAAUGUCCGGUUGGGUUCAGAUCAGGGGCAUACAAACAGGAUAUACACGCUACAUCGAGAGGACAAAAAACGACAAAGAGCAAUGGCCCCCCAAAUACUGGAAGUUCCAGCUUGAGACAGACAGCAACCCCAAAGUAGAAGUUGCAUUCACCGACUUCCGCCGUUUCGGCCGCAUCCGUCUUGUAGAUUGCCCCGGAGAGGAAAUUAGAAAGCACUCGCCUCUAGUUGAGAACGGGCCAGAUCCCGUUCUCGACAAAGACGUGUUUACCGAGGAUUUCUUGCGGCAGAAGAUGAAGCGUAGACACGUCCCUAUCAAAGCCCUGCUGCUGGACCAAGCCACGGUCAGCGGGAUAGGCAAUUGGGUCGGGGAUGAAAUCAUGUACCAAGCUAAGCUCCAUCCGGAGCAGUACUGCGACGACUUCGACGACGCCGACAUUAGCACAUUAUACAAGGCUAUCAAGUACGUGUGCGAGACCGCGGUGGAGAAAUUAGGAGACUCGGACGAGUUCCCGGAAGAUUGGCUAUUUAAGCACCGCUGGGGCAAGGGCAAGAAAGACUCCGCUACUACUCUGCCCAACGGCGACAAGAUCACCCAUAUCACGGUAGGCGGACGGACAACCUGUGUGGUUCCCAGCGUGCAGAAGAAGAGGGGGCGGGCUACUAUCGACGAUGUCAAGGAGGAGUCCGCAGAGGGGGAAGUGGACGAUGGGACAGAAAGCCGGUUUUUUAAGGGCAAGGGGAAGGGUAAAGGCAAGAAGCCAGUAAAGGGUAAGGCGGAGACAGAGGAAGAAGUAGAGGAACGAUCAAGUAAGAGGGUCAGGACUGCGAAGGCGAAGUCAGCCGCACAGGUUAAGAAAGAGGAAGAGGAAGAGGGAGACGAGGAUGAAGAAAAGCCAGCCCCAAAGGCGUCCCGGAAGUUGAGCAAGCAGAAGAAGGAGGGUGCGAAGCCAGUUAAGCCUGAGCCUGAGCCUGAGCUUGGGAGAAGGCGAUCGAGUAGACUCGGCCGUGUAGUGGCUUAAUCCAAAAAUACGGGAAGCCGAGAAUGUUGAUAUUGUGUAUAAUAGCUGAUAUUAGUAUACGAAAUACACACUACAGCUGCUCCACGAGUAGAGUAUGUAUGAUUACAAGCAUCAACACACAGUGCGUGGCUUUCCUUCGAGAUAUAAUUGAAU